CAACUUUGUCUGUUCAAGGUCUUCUGUAGGGCCCUGUAAUAUUGACUUACUGAUUCUUGGUUAGUGACCGGCGUAGCGGCUGCGCCAAACUUAUAAGUAAGAAGGGUGAGUCAUGUUUUCGUAAUUGAUUGUUCCACUGGCAAUGGGAUCUUUAACAACAGUUCCACUGUUUUCUUAUUCACUUGUUCUUUCCUUCCUCCCUACUCUUAUCGUUGCACAGCUUAAUCCUGUUUACUUUGAGCACGAUUGUAAUCAAGGCAGCGGCAAUUACACCCCAAACAGCACUUACGAGGCCAACCUCAAUAGCAUCAUCUCCCGAUUCGCCACUCUUAGUUAUUUCAAUUACGGCUUUUUCAAUCUAUCUGCGGGAGAAAGCCCCAACAAGGUUUACUCAAUCGCACUUUGCAGGGGUGACAUGAACCAAGCCGAUUGCAACACUUGCCUCAACUCUACCGCAACCGAACUCAAGCAGUUUUGUCCCCGGAACAAGGUCGCCAUCGCUUGGUCCGAGCUCUGUUUGGUGCGGUACGCCAACCGAGACCUGUACGGGCUGCUGGAGAGACCUCAUACUUGUGCAUUCAACCCGAUGAAUGCAUCGAACCCUACUCAGUUCAAUCGAGCAUUAAGUGAACUAUUGAAUAAUCUAAGCAGCGAAGCUGCAGCCAGUGGCCCACUCCGCAAGUACGCAGCUGGCAAUGCACCGACUGGUAUCUUGCAAACGGUAUACGCCACGGUACAGUGUACUCCAGAUAUGACCCAGGAAAAUUGCACUGCUUGUCUAAAUUACGGCAGGAGGGAGCUUCGACUCUGUUGCCUUGGAAGGAUGGGAUGCAGGGUUCUUAGACCAACCUGUGUCUUGAGGUUUGAGUCUAACCCUUUUUAUAAUGAGACCGCAGUUCCUUUACCGUCACCUCCAACAACUUCUUCUCCGACGCCAUCUCCAGGAAAUGGGAAUAACACAACUCGAACUGUAAUCAUUGUUAUUGCUUCUGUUGUUGGCCUUGUAAUACUAAUUACCAUCUCCAUCUGCAUUUUUAAGAGGCCCAAAAGAAACAAAGACAUACCUAUAAAAGUUGAAACUAAGGAUGCGGAUAAUGAGAUGUCCGGGGCCGAUUCCUUGCAAUUCGGCUUCGAUUCUGUUUUGGUUGCAACCGAUAACUUCUCUGAUGCAAAUAAGCUUGGUCAAGGAGGAUUUGGAGCUGUUUACAAGGGUCAGCUUCCAAAUGGAGAAGAGAUUGCUGUGAAAAGACUGUCUAAAGGAUCAGGUCAAGGAGACUUAGAAUUUAAGACCGAGGUGCAAUUAGUUGCCAAGCUUCAACACCGCAAUUUAGUUAGGCUCCUUGGUUUUUGCUUGCAAGAACAGGAAAGGCUUCUCAUCUAUGAGUUUGUGCCAAAUGCAAGCCUUGAUCAUUUCAUUUUUGAUCGGAUCAGGCGUGCAGAACUAGAUUGGGAAAUACGGUUCAAAAUCAUACAUGGCAUUGUUCGUGGACUCCUUUACCUUCACGAAGACUCUAGGCUUCGAAUUAUUCACCGUGAUCUCAAAGCAAGUAAUAUCUUAUUAGAUGCAGAGAUGGUUCCUAAAAUUGCAGAUUUCGGGAUGGCAAGAUUGUUUGGACAGGAUGAAACACAAGGCAGCACUAGCAGAAUUGUGGGAACUCAUGGAUAUAUGGCUCCCGAAUAUGUUUUCCAUGGACAAUUCUCAGUAAAAUCAGAUGUGUUCAGCUUCGGUGUAUUACUUUUAGAAAUUAUAAGUGGCCAGAGAAACAAUAGCUUCCGUUAUGAUGAGCAGUACGAAUACAUACUAGGUUUUGCAUGGAGAAGCUGGAGAGAAGGGACGGCAUUGAAUCUCGUUGAUCCCACAUUGGGUGAUAGUUCAAGGAAUGAGAUAAUGAGAUGCAUUCACAUUGCAUUGCUAUGUGUUCAGGAAAAAGUAGCAGCCAGACCAACCAUGGCUUCGGUUGUUCUGAUGCUGAAUAGCUUCGACACCCUCGCCGUGCCGGCACAACCAGCAUUUGUCAUGCAGGGCAACUUCAAUUUUGAUAUGUCAACUUCAUCGGCAUCAGCUUCAAACCAAUCCAACACAGAGUUGCCACCAUUGUCCCGCAACGAGGUCUCAAUUAGUGAGCUAUCUCCUAGGUAGUGUUUGCAAAUGGUUUAUUUUAAGUUUA